UAGGAUCUAAAAGUCAACUAAUUGAAUACAGAUAGAGAGGUUAAACGAACUUUUUGAAUUAUAUAGACUAUUUUCCCACCAAACUCAUCUUCCCUCUUCCUCUCAACACCUUUAAAUAGCCAUUCGAAUCAAACACCAAAAACUCAUCAAAAACCAACAACAAACAAACACACAUCAAAGCAAAAGAAGAAGAAGAAGAAGAAGAAGAAGAAGAAGAAGGCAAACACUUUUCAUUCAAGCAAGCAAGCAGAACCAUGGCACUGAUGAAGAAGAGCCUCUUUGCUCUUCUCCUCUCAUCACCACUUCUCAUCAUCUGUCUAACUGCAUUGCUAGCUAAUCCGGUUUCAGUGGGAGCUCGCCGGUUAGUGGAGGAGAUUCCUAAACCGGAAAUACCCAAAUUGCCUGAACUACCUCACAUGGAGAUACCAAAACUGCCCGAACUACCUCACAUGGAGAUACCAAAAUUGCCUGAACUUCCUCACCCGGAGCUACCUAAAUUCGAAGUUCCUAAGUUCCCGGAGCUCCCUAAACUAGACAUUCCCAAGUUACCUGAAUUUCCAAAGCCCGAGUUGCCCAAGAUUCCGGAAACUCCAAAGCACGAGGGGACUAAGUUGAUGGAGACUCCCAAGCCUGAGGUUCCUAAACCAGAGCUGCCAAAGGUGCCGGAGAUUCCUAAACCAGAGCUACCAAAGGUACCAGAGAUUCCUAAACCGGAGCUACCAAAGGUACCAGAGAUUACUAAACCGGAGCUACCAAAGGUACCAGAGGUUCCUAAACCAGAGCUACCAAAGGUACCAGAGGUUCCUAAACCAGAGCUACCAAAGGUACCAGAGGUUCCUAAACCGGAGCUACCAAAGGUACCAGAGGUUCAAAAGCCUGAAGCUCCUAAGUUGCCGGAGCUGCCAAAGAUGCCGGAGAUUCAAAAACCGGAAUUACCGAAGAUGGCAGAGAUUCCAAAGCCGGAGUUGCCGAAGGUGCCGGAGAUUCAGAAACCUGAGGUUCCAAAAAUGCCGGAGAUUCCAAAACCAGAGCUACCUAAGAUGCCUGAAGUUCCCAAGUUGCCGGAACUCCCCAAAGUUCCUGGAACUCACUAAAGCCUACUGAACCGUACGAAAGCCCAUCUAUUUUAAGGCCCACACGCCCAUGAUUUAGAUUUCUAUAUCACCUUUGUCUUGUGUGUCUAUCUCAUCGUCGUUUUCUUAGGGAACCAUAUCUAUAGCCAUACUUAUUUUUCUUUCUUCAUACACUUAUACUUGUAUGUUUCAUUAUGUGUUUCAUAUACUCUUUUAAUGGUUUGUGUUACUUAUCUAUGUUAAUUAA